AUGUCCGACAGCACAGAUGGCGAAAGCGAGGAGGAUGCGCUCGACUGCUACAUUGUCCGGGCGCGAUGUGGACUGUGUCGAUUCCUCUUCGAGAAAGGCGACAGAGUGGUGACCGACGAAGACGCCGGCAUCCAGAUCUGUUUCCGCUAUGACUGCGAUGCACCCGACGAGGGCCAGCGACCAGCAGCCGCCUACCACGAGACGUGUCUUGGAUUAUGGGGUCCCGAGAUGCCCGCAUGGGGCGCUGACGAUUUCUCCGCAGCCGCAAUCUACACUUUCAAGCCGUCGUUCCUGGACGACCAACGUCGGCGGGACCGGAUACGACGUUUUCUGUGCAAAAAACUGCGCAGCCUGUACCCGUCCGCCCGUCUCCCGCUAGAAGUCUGGCAUAUGGUGGCGACCGACGAGUUGGUCCGUAUGUGCGCUGUGUACAGCAUCAUCGAUCUGUGGCAGAGGAGGAACAGCAGCAACGUGGAGCUAGACAUGACACGAGACAUUUGGGCGCACUACAUGUACAUCGAGGGUGUGCGAUAUAUCGAGCGCCUGACGAAUACACCUCCGGCCGAUGACGAUGGGCCCAGAUACGACAAUGCUCCUGCUGUUGCGCGACUUGUGGAUGAAAGGAAAGUGUCAGAUUACACAAUUUUGUACGUGCUCGAAGACUAUCUUGGCAUCCGGCAGCUGGUGGCUGCUACGUCGAAGCGCGACCUUUCUGCGCUGACCGUCGCGUCCGUGAACACGGCCGAUGGACGGGAUAACAUGUGGUGGAGGAUGGUACCAAUCCAGCAAGGAGAAGUGCUACGGGCGGUUACAGAUUCUGUUGUCUGGCGAGCCCCGAUGACGCCGUCCAGGAUCGCGGCCAUGCGUUUUGUGGACUACGCGCCGUCCGGCCGCAUGGACAAAGAAUGGGGUGACUGGCACAUGGAAUCGACUGUUUUGAAUGCUCCACGUGUAGUAGGCUAUUCUGCGUUUUGGUUUGGUCAUCUACUGGGCCUGCGUGCUCAUUACGGUAACGAGAAGGACCUGUCGUUUUACGACCAGUACGACAUCCCCGAGUUCCUUGGGUUCUGCGUCUUCAUCUAUUUCCCGCUGGCGAAAGGGGAACGUCUCGCCGAGGUCUUUGGCCGCCGAGGAGGCCAGGACAACCACAUGGGCCUCCUUAUUCGGACCAACCGCGGCCGAGAUAUGGUCCUUGGGCCAGAUCUGCCGCAAUACCAUGACCACUUCCAGCACCUACGCUUCCGGCAUAUCUGCAGUUUACCGAGCGACAGGCCAACACGCGUGCACUACAACGCCUCGCCGCGUGGCGUACAGCGACUUGUCUUUGAGGAUGCCAAUCCUGCGAGUCACCCCGCUGUCCAGCCCGCCAGGAUUCUCCAGGACCCGAGCUUCUCGUCCGCGGGCAUGUACUUUGCCUCCACUGUUUGCCUCGAUGGCGCAGUCCGUGCCACGCCAUCAUACAAACAGCAACUCUACCUGGAGUGCCACUUUAUGAUCUGCGGUCUCCUGUUCGAAUACCUCGACGAAAGCCGGCCACAUGUCGCCCUUGGUGAAUUCCGCCUGGACCAUGUUGGCAAGCCGAUCAGCUUGUUGGACGUGGAUGCGCUAUAUUUCGGCUACUCUUGCGAAGGGAAAACAAGCUCACAUCUAACAGAAAUCGUAACCUCGCGGCGGCCAGAUACUCCUACGAUGACGUGGGUGCGGAUUCCUCUCAGGGGAUAUGCCGAGAUGUGGUUCGAGGGCCUUCACUCUUUCCUUUCUCACUACAACACAGCUCCGAUAGAUUGCUAA